AUGAAAGUUGUAUUCGAACAUCAAGGUCGUAAAACGACUAUACUCGGAAAUAAUUAUGUUACAAUCGUCGACAAAAUUAGAUUAUUGUUUCCCGAUCAAAAUCAUCUUCGAAUACAGUUUUACGAUCCUGAAUUAUCCGAUUAUUUUGAAUUCACUUCAUAUGAACAAGUCAUUGAUCAACCAAAUGGACUAAAAAUGAGUUUUGACGUAUCUAGUACAUCAGAUUCACCUGUACCUGAUCCAUCUCCACCAUCAACAAUUAAUGACAAUCAAGAUAAUAGAAAAAAUACAAAUUUUAUUAAAAGUACUCCAAAAAGAUCUCGAAAAAAACCAUUAAUUGAACCUGAUCAUGAAAACUAUGAACCACCAUCGUUACCAAUGUAUUGCAAUGCGAUCGUUCAAGGUUUACAGUCUCGAGAAUCUUUUCCAGCUAUUCAACAAGAAUUUUUACGACAAACAUGUGCUCAUUUUAUUCAGCAAUAUCCUGAUUGUAUUUCACGAAAAAUUCACCAUUCAUUCGUUUUAGCUCUCACGCAGAAGUUUCCAUCAUUAAAUUAUUUAAACAAAAAUGUCGACGGGAUUGACGGGAGAGCACCAAAUCAUACAAUAUCUCGUCUAAUUUCUCGAAAGAAACGAAAUAUUAAAUAUACGAAAAAUCAUCCAACACCUAAACGAUCGCGAUUAUGUACACUCGACACAAGUUCAAAUGAGAAAACAAAUGAAAACAUAGCUAUUGAAGAUACAACAGCUGAAGAUACAACAGUUGAAGAAAAAGCGCAUAAUCUGGUGGUCGAAUAUAAUAAAAGUUUGUGCAACAAAAGCUCGAUCGAACAAUUAUUGAAUGAAUCAAAUGUAAACGAAACAUUAGCUUCAUUACCUGAUCCAUGUGAAAAAUCUACUGCAACUGUUCCACCGGCAAAGACACCAACUAGACCAUCAACAAUAUCGAACAAUAUUAGACGAGCAACAAUCUCCUUGGUAACUCCAUCAACUGAAUCAAGUUUAUCAGCUGCAUCAACUUCAUCAUCUAUUAAUACUCCAUUUAUUUUAACUAAACCGACGAUGAUAAAGCCAAUCACCACUACAAAUGCACCAACAAAUAUUAUUUAUCAUAGUGGUCGUAUACACGUCAAUUCAUUUCCAUUGCAAUCUGUAGUGUCUGUUCAUAAAGCUAUCAUACCACGAGGAUGCCAGAAACAACAAGAAAAGAAAGAAAAUAAUAAUUGUACACGUACAGAAAUAUCAAGAACAACAGAUCCACAAAAAAAUAUUUUGAUUGGCAAGUUAUAUAUCUUCUUUCACAUAAUAUUUAUUUAUAUUUUAGAAUCUACUAUCGAUAAUGUUAAUCAAUCAUGUAUUACGAAGAAUAAUUCGGAGAUUUGGUAUCCAAAAAUGUCAAGUUCUGAAAAAAGUGCAUAUGAAAAAGAUGUUGCUCGUCUUCGUUCCAUCAUCAAACCCAAGAACAAAUCAACAAACAAUUGCUCUAUUAGUGAAAUUCAUGCACUUAUACGAAGCACUCAUAAACAUCGGCGUCAAAUGUUAUUCGAAAAAAAUAACAAUGAUUUUUAUAUUAAGGCUCUCCAAUUUCAAGAAAUUUUUCACGAAGAUGCCCUGAUCAUUGAAUAUAUGCUAUUAAAAGAUAAAAUAUUUUCAUUCGAAGAAAUGCAACAUGAAACUCGUAAAGUACUGGAUGAUUUUAUUUCUAAAUAUAAAAUAGAAAAACAAGAAAAAAUAAGUGAAACUGAUUUUCUAAUUGUCAAAAUGUUAUGUGAAGAAUCUGGUCAACACAAUUUGAUUUUCAAAAACGGACUAUCUAAUCCACAUCCAAUGAUUGGAGUUCUCAUUACAUCAUCAUUGACAAAUGAAUUCGAACGAGCAUUUUUAUUCGUGCGAAACAUACCCUACAAGAUGUCUUUAUCAAUUACAAAUGCUGGUUUACAUAAGGUUCUUUCGAUUCUUAUGAUGAUAUAUAUUAACUUAAAUGCUCUACCCGAUCAUACAGUAUUACGAAUGCUACUUGAACAAUGUAACAAAAUGAAACCUUAA